GUGUCUGGAUUUAUUCGGACACCAAUCCAACGCAUCAUUAUCACCAACUGGUGUGUACCGUCACCGGAACCGGAAGUAAUAAUUCGCCCCGCCGCGGCCGCGGCAUUUCGAACUUUCUAACGACGUCGCUCUCGCACGUCAGCGACUACCGUUUGGGUAUUUUUUAGAAGGAUAAGGGCUGAAAUCCAGCUCUUAGCCCAUUAGAUUCUUUAAUUUGUUUUCACUGUAUUUGCUUUAGAGUUCGAGCAUAACACGUCGCCGCGUUACUGCCGCCUUUCUAUCUCAUGGUUUUUUCAUCCGCUUGCCGUUCUCUGCUCCGGCACCGACAAAUUGCCACCUCCUACCUCUCAUGCUGUCGUAGGUCGAUCUGCACUUCCGCGCCCACUGAGGAGAGGAUAGAAGCUGCCGGCUAUCAUGUCAGCGGCGGCCCUUCCUUCAUGCGCGGGACCGUAUUCUGGGAGCCCGACAGACCUCUCACCAUCGAAGAGUUCCACAUGCCUCGGCCGAAGGCAGGGGAGCUCCUCAUCAAGACCAAGGCUUGUGGAGUUUGUCACUCUGAUCUUCACGUCUUGAAAGGUGAACUUCUAUUUUCAAGCCCUUGCGUUUUGGGUCAUGAAAUAACUGGAGAAGUUGUUGAACAUGGUGCCCAUACGGAUGUUGGCAUAACAAAGAGGUUCCCUAUUGGAAGUCAUGUGGUUGGAGCAUUUAUAAUGCCUUGUGGCAAUUGCUUCUUUUGUGUCAAAGGCCAGGAAGACCUAUGUGAGGCUUUCUUUGCCUAUAAUCGAGCAAAAGGAACACUUUACGAUGGUCAAACCCGGCUAUUUCUACGAAAUAGUGGAAAGCCUGUGUACAUGUACAGCAUGGGUGGACUUGCUGAAUACUGUGUCAUUCCUGCAAAUGCAGUUGCUACUCUGCCAAACUCACUACCAUAUACUGAAUCUGCUAUCUUAGGCUGUGCAGUUUUUACUGCGUAUGGAGCUAUGAGACAUGCUGCUGAAAUGCGUGCUGGUGAUUCUAUAGCAGUUAUAGGAGUUGGUGGCAUUGGAGCAAGUUGUUUACAGAUAGCACGAGCAUUUGGUGCUACUGAGGUAAUUGCAGUUGAUGUACAAGAUGAAAAACUGCACAAUGCAAUGACACUUGGAGCAACUCAUACCAUAAAUGCUUCAAGGGAUGAUGUUGUUGAGAAGAUCAAGAGACCGCACAAUUCACUUUCCCUUUUUAUCGUCGCUGUUCGGCUUCAGUUCGCAGAGAUCGCCCACGUCGCUUCUGCGGCUGCUUUGCUACCGUCCGACUUCGCCACUUCGCGGGAGGGGGAGAGAGCACACAUUCGCUUCUUCGGCUCUCUCCUUACUGUUUGA